GGCACCACUCGUCUCCUGUCCUCCUCCAGUCGCCCAUUGCUCGUGUCCACAGUUCGGAAGGUUGAGUCAAGAGCCUGUCAUGUUGCGUGUGCUGUGCGUGGCCCUGACCGUUGUGGCGGGGAUGGUGUGUGGUCACUGGUCUGCCGCCCCGCUGCGCGCCUACCCGCCUAACAUUGCUCUCCCGCCAUUCAUGCUUUCCCCUUCUAGUGGCAUACAUGAAGGCAAGUUUAAGCGCACCUCGUCCACCGGCACCCAGCAGGAGGUGGUCUGGCAGAGGAUAUGCUCGCCGCGGCUUUCCCUGGUCCACAGGAGGCAGGACGCCGAGCUGAAGUGUGAGGCGGUGGUCCCGGACGGCACGAAGUUUACCUGGUACAAGGGAAACCAGAUCCUGCAGCGACCGGGCGUCCAGCAGGUGAGCGAUGUGUUACAGCAGAUGUUCGAGGAGAACACCAACGAGGUGGCCGUGUCCGUGGAGGCCGCCAUGGCGCCCAGCGCGAGGCUGCACGUGUCCUCGGUGGUCUACAUCGACUGUGCCAACGAGCAGGACGUGGCUGACUACACUUUGGAGGUGACGACGCCGUCCAACAGCGUGUACAUGAGGAACUUCACCGUCGCUCUCAGCGGCAGCAGGCGGCGGGACGGGUCCACCUGUGGUGCCGCCGCGAGUCGGCUGGAGUCCAUGCCGCGCAUCUACCAGCAUGCCAAGGAAGCGUGGCCCAGGGUGGGCGAGUCGCUGGUGCUGCCGUGCCGCGCCCAGGGCCGCCGCCACCAGCACACCUGGUACUCCGGCGCCACCUCCGUGACCAGCACAGACCUGAAUUACCAGAAGCUGGACAACGGUGACCUCUUCAUCAGGACGGUGGGGCCGGACACGCCCACCGCCUUCGUCUGUCAGGUGUCCAGCGACGCCGAACAGCCCCAAAACCCGGACCGCAUAAGAACCCAGAUUACGAUCCUUUCUUCGUAAGCCUCUCAUGACCUACUCAACCCCACGUCCGAAGCAGACCAACACCUCACCCUUGAUCCUGACCUUGGCGGACCUAGGCGUCGAUGCUGAGGUGCGUAGGAACCAGCAUCUUCGUUCCUCUCCUCUACGCCGUGUAUUAUGUAGUCUAGUGAUCUUGUAGUCUAGUGCCACAGAAGGCCAUCUCAGUGCCCCCUCAAGAAGGCUUCCCAGACGAGACUCCUUGUAAUUCCCAGUGUAAUGAUUUGAAUACUACGAUGGAAUACAUUGGUCAAUAAAUAGCAGCAUCCA